GAGACCACAAGAAAGAAUACAAGUAGUAGGGACAGGAAGCUAAGAGAGGAUAAGGGUGGUCGAAGGAAAGCUGAAAUACCUUCAGAAAUGAUCUGAAUGUAACUGUCAAUUUAACAUCAUUCUUCCAUGUCUUCCUGGAACCUGGGGUGAUAGUAUGUUUCCUGAUACUUCUGGAUGGAUUCUAGGCUAAAUCAACAGCUCCUCGCUCCUCAUGUUGAGAGAAUCUCCGCUCCUUUCAGAAAUGUGAAAGACCCUCCUGUCUAUUCAAUAACCUGCCAGAGCUGUAGAGGCUGGUUUCCAAGGCUCCAAAGUCCAUGCAGUGGAACAAGGGCUCUAGUGUUAAGGGUGAUGAUACCUUACCUCAGGUUUUAACUUACUCCAAUAAGUCACAUGUCUGCUGUGAAAAGGUUCAUUUUGGUUCCUAUACAUACAGUAUUGUAGCUUGUAACUCAAAACACACAAAUGUACAUGAACCCACUGCCACUGCUAUAAUGCACACAUUACCAACACAUAAUACCGUAAAUUUGAUUUCUCUGUUACUAUUGUCCAACUUGUUAUGUUAUGCUUAAUAUAGUACAUAUCAUCUUCAAACCAAUUUCAAUAAUAGUAAAAUCUGCUGGCAUGCAGACAAAAUCUGCUGGCAUGCACCUUUGCUUAAGAAAACAAUGGAGAAUAAACACUUUAAUUGUUAAGUGCCUUGCUCAAGGGCACAUCAAAAUAAUUUUCACCUUGGGGAGUCAAACCAGCGACCUCUCGUUUACUGGCCAACGCUCUAACCUCUAGGCCACCUCUGAUUUGCCUCAGUAAAUCCUCUGUUCUACCCUGACAUUUGAAGGGUGUGUGUUUGUGGAUGUGGUUUCUCUGGAACAGAUCUCUCUGAUCAAGUCAUAUUUUGUUGCCCUAAGGUUGCUUUACUUUAUAUCUUACCCUUCACGAUGGUGGCCACCACCAGGGUCAUUGCACUGACUGUUAAAUCCAUCCGAUCCCAGAGGAUUUCCAAUAACGCCUGGGUGGGCUAUAUCGGGUUCUGUGCAUGACCUGGUGGGUAUUUCGGUCCCCGCUGAGAGUGUGUAUAAUGUUCGGACAGACGCUGACACACUGUUCUCAUAUGUUCAGAGUGGCCCUGAGUAACCUCUCCUGUGUCGCCACACUUCACUAGGACAGAAGUCACCGCUGCAGCAGAGGCCCACGGAGGGAAUGGAAGACUGCCUCAUAUGACUCAGGAGACGAGGAGCCCACGACCCAGUCGGACCGCAGUGAGGGGAUCCAGGGCACUCUGAAGACCCUGAUCAGCAAGCUUGAUGACCUCGGCACGUGUAACGACCUAAUCGCCAAGCAUGGGGCGGCCCUGCAGCGCUCUCUGAGUGAACUCGAGGCGCUGAGAGUCCCCGUGGAGGGAGGAGAGAAGGUCAAGGGCGUCAACGAGCGAGCCACCCUCUUCCGCAUCACCUCGAAUGCUAUGAUCAAUGCGUGUCGGGACUUCCUGGACCUAGCGGAGACCCACAGCAGGAGAUGGCAGCGGGCGCUGCAGUAUGAGAGAGAGCAGCGUAUUCACCUGGAGGAGACCAUAGAGCAGCUAGCCAAGCAGCACAACAGUCUGGAGAGAGCCUGGAGAGAGGCCCCCACACUGUCCGCCAAUACGCCCAGCGCCCCCACCACAGAGAAGGUAGGGAGUGAGAGGCUGCAGAAAGGGGAGGCGAGUGAUGAAGAUGAGGAUACAGAAUACUUUGACGCCAUGGAGGAGUCCCCUGCCUUUAUCACAGUGACCGCCACUGAGAACACACAGCACAGGCAUUCUCAGAGUAACCUGAGUGGAGCGAGUGGAGGCCAGACCAAUGACUGGAACCAGGAAAAUGUGUAUCCUAGCUGUAAUGAUUCAGGGAAGGAGCUGCAGCCCCUCAGAAGGAGGAGGAGCCACAUCCCAGACAAACCCAAUUACUCCCUCAACCUGUGGAGCAUCAUGAAGAACUGCAUCGGCAAGGAGCUCUCCAAGAUCCCCAUGCCUGUGAACUUCAACGAGCCUCUGUCCAUGCUGCAGCGGCUGACAGAGGACCUGGAGUACCAUGAGCUGCUGGACAAGGCGGCGCGCUGCGAGAGCUCCCUGGAGCAGCUGUGUCUGGUGGCAGCCUUCUCUGUGUCCUCCUACUCCACCACCGUCCACCGCACGGCCAAGCCCUUCAACCCCCUGCUGGGGGAGACCUAUGAGCUGGACCGACUGGAGGACUUUGGCUACCGCUCGCUGUGUGAGCAGGUGAGCCAUCACCCCCCAGCAGCAUCUCACCAUGUGAUUUCUCAGCGAGGCUGGACCCUCUGGCAGGAAAUCACCAUAGCCAGCAAGUUUCGGGGCAAAUACCUCUCCAUAAUGCCUCUGGGUGCCAUUCACCUGCAGUUCCACUCCAGUGGGAACCAUUAUGUUUGGAGGAAGGUAACCUCUACCGUGCACAACAUCAUCGUGGGCAAGCUGUGGAUUGACCAGUCAGGGGACAUUGAGAUAGUCAACCACAGGACCAAGGAGACAUGCCAGCUCAAGUUCUCCCCCUACAGCUAUUUCUCCAGGGAAGUCCCACGCAAGGUGACAGGGGUGGUGUCAGACGGUGGAGGGCAGGCCCACUACAUCCUGUCUGGCACGUGGGACGAUAAGAUCGAGAGCUCCAAGAUCGUCCAGAGCAGCAAAGGGGGCAGCGGCUCCGAGGGCAAGCAGAAGACAGUUUACCAGACCCUGUCCCCCAAACUACUGUGGAAGAAAUACCCUCUCCCGGAUAACGCUGAGAACAUGUACUUCUUCUCCUCGCUGGCACUGACGCUGAAUGAGCCGGAGGAUGGGGUGGGGCUGACGGACAGCCGGCUGAGACCGGACCAGAGGCUGAUGGAGGCGGGGAGAUGGGACGAGGCCAACUCUGAGAAACAGAGACUAGAGGAGAAACAGAGAGCUGUGAGGAGGAGGAGAGAGGCAGAGGCCACAGAUGCACUUGAUGACGGUCGGGAGUACGAGGGCUUCCAGCCACAGUGGUUCCACAAGAGGACGAACGCCAUCACUGGAGAGACAAACUUUGUGUACAAGGGGGGAUACUGGGAGGCUAAGGACAGUCAGGACUGGAAUAUGUGCACUGAAAUCUUCUAAGCCUCGACCAGACAUCCUACCCCCUCACUGGACUCACCCAGGCCCAGGAGACUGCUCUACCGCUGGGUCUGGGUGUUGACCUCUGUGUGCAACUGUGUACGUCUCACACACUCACAAUACAGUUUACCUCCCCACGGACACACACACUUCAUCUGUUUUACAGAGUCAAAGGAGACAAGGGGCCUUCUAUAGGUCCUCCCUGACAACAUAGCACUGAGCUGUAUGGGGAUGUGAGAGAGAGGAGAGAUUGAAUACCAUAGAAAAUGGACCCAAUAGAGAUGUCCAAAAUAAUCAGGUGCGCCACACAUGCUACCCACAAUGCACUAUUCCUCUGCUCAGCACAUCGUUUUUUCUAGGUUUUAAUGAUUGAAUAGCAACCCAUCUAAAUCAGUUCUCCUCUCCUCCACUGUAGACUGGGAUGGGAUGAAGUCUAUCCUCUCUAACAGACAGACCGACAAACAAAAAGAAGGCCACAGAAGUUUAUAGAAAGACGGUAUACUUUAAAAGGAUGGACAUUUAUUUUGAUUAGUAACUGGUAUCGGAAAGGGCAGGUAGGCACAGACUCCAACGCUUGAAUUAGUUUGUCAUCUAUGUCCGUCUGCCUGGUAAAGAACUUAAGUUCGCUCUUCUUUUCUCCGUUGCAGGAGGAACCAGGUUUAGGCCUACGUAUGACCAUAUAGCGCUCAGACCGUAACCAACGUGGUUUGACAACCAGAGUACUUUUCCAAACACAAACUGGGUACCUCCCAAACACAGUCACACUUCCACUCCACUGGUAAUUGAAACUUUGUCUAUUGAGGUAAAUAAGCACUUUUCUUUGUGGGUUUCCACAGCUUAAUGCGUAUCCGUGUUGAUGUUGAGGAGACUCCAGCCUGGGCACUGUACACUCACCCAGUCCUUUGGUGCUUUACCAUAGAAACACAUACACUUCUAUUGUGCAGUGAGUCAUUUAAAGGAUAUAAAUGGCAUUGUAGCUAGAACCUGCACACCAAUUACUUGUCCCAAAAACAGAUCCAUCAUCCCACACAUGAAUAUCUAGGCAGAGUGUGAAUUCUACACCCCAGAGUAUAGUUCUACAGCCUAUAUGACAGAUCAGAGCCUGCUCUGGACCUGUAAUUGUAUUCCUACAGAACUGGCUGAUGUUGCUAUAGCACUGAAGGAGGCCCAUGGUGGCUACUGACAGCAUAUUGGCAUCUUACCACAGACAGACAGCAUGCUCCUCAGGCCUCCCAUAGCAUACCACUGUUCAGCCAGGGAGGGCUGCUAGUGAAGACACUGGCUCCCAGGCACUGACCCAGGUUCACCUGAGCAUAAACCUAGUCCUAAUUCCUAGUGUUGAAGAGCUGUGGACAGGCUGAUCUGGGAUCAGCUGGUGAAGGCACUGUCAGUCUUUUUGCCUUUAAGAACUGAUUUGUGCACUACAUGUCUUAGGUGACAGGAUUCUUGACAAAGUGUUAGUAUAUUUUGUAAUUACUGUUAGGAAUGUAGUAUUUGGGCUGGAAGUAUUGUACCUACUGUCUGGCCUUUUGUGUGAAUAUUUUGUGAUAACAAGAUAAUAACAAGACAAUAAUAUGAUUAUAAAACAGUUCUAAUAAUAAUCAGAAAAAUAAGUCAUGUUUAUAGUUGAAAUCUGAAGUUUUAAUGAAGAUGUACUGUUACUGUUACUCUUUUUAAUUUAAAUUGAUCCAGCCAGUUAGAAGUUGAUUCUAUAACUACCGCCCACGGUUUGGUUGCAGAUUUAAUGUUUUGUAUUAAUAGAGACUUACUCUCACACUGAAAAUUAUUUUUAUACAAAGUUGUUGAUAUUGACAUAUUGUUUACUUGGUUUAGAUGUGCAGUUCACAAACAAGCAACCACAUCUGACAGUGCCCCUGAUGUGGCCCAUAUGGUUUCUGAGGUCAGUUGUUACAGAGAUCUGGUAUGUGCUCUGGAAGGAAGUGGAAGACACACAGAAUACCAUCCUCAGCCCAACAUAUCUGUCUGGAGGGCUAGAGGGGUUGCUGGGGGUGCAUACCAACUAGAAAAUACUCAUCAAGCAACUGCUGAAUGUAAUGUGAACCAGGAAAAUGUGAAAGUUUAAACUGUGAGAUAAUAAUUAUCCCCCAAUCACUUUCAUGCUCCCAACUGCUUUUCAUUUGAACUCAACCGGAAACCUAUAAUAUAAAGGCUCAACGGGGCAGAGAAUGAGGUUUUUACAAUAAGCACAUUCUGACCAGGCACUUACUCUCUUUAACCCCGUCAACAACAGCCAUCUGUUUUCUGCACUAUUUAUGUUUGGUUCCAGUUGAUCUACUUUGUACCCAUGGCCUUUCAGCAGACACACAGGCACGUAUACAUUAGUCACAUAACCAUAACACAUAACACACUCACACAUCUAUAAGUACUGACCACAUUGGCAAGAACAGUACAUUAUUAGUGGAAGAAAUCAAGUGGGUACAGCAGGAUGACAUGGUUCCCCACAUUGGAAUGAAUUCUCACUAUUCUGGACCCAAUCACAGUAAGGGGUUUUAUAUAUUGUAAAUGUGUCAUUGUAUAGACAAUACUACGACGUCAUGUACAGUAUAACUGGGCGAGAAACAGUAUUGAAAUGUGGGGAAGAAAGAGUAUGAUGUGCAGGGCAAGUAUAACUUUUUUCUCAAUUAUCAACUCCAUAUAGAUUUAGUUUACUAUAUUGGGUUUGAAAUAGAAUGAGUUUUAUAUAUGAAUAUACAUAUAUUAUAUUUUGAAUGAUGAUAAACACAUCAUACAUUUUAAUCAUUUAUUUUGAAUAUCCAAAUGACGUGACCUCAAAGAUGGGUGGGUGUGGGUUGCUAGGCGCCCCAGCCAGGGCCUGUGUAAGAGACUGAUUAGUAGCAAUAGUGGUGAUGUUUAGAUUAUUUAUUCAUUCAUGACACUUGUUGGGGUAAAGAAGAUGUUCAUCUCUGCUCUGUGCAGAAAGGAAAAACUGAACAACCAAAGCAUCUGUGCAGUGACUCUUUACCUGCCUUCCUAAUGACAUCAUCUUUUUCAUUUUACCAACACUUAAUCCAGUAUGGUUUGAUUUACCCAACAACACUUAAUUCAGUAUGGUUUGAUUUACCCAACAACACUUAAUUCAGUAUGGUUUGAUUUACCCAACAACACUUAAUUCAGUAUGGUUUGAUUUACCCAACAACACUUAAUUCAGUAUGGUUUGAUUUACCCAACAACACUUAAUUCAGUAUGGUUUGAUUUACCCAACAACACUUAAUUCAGUAUGGUUUGAUUUACCCAACAACACUUAAUCCAGUAUGGUUUGAUUUACCCAACAACACUUAAUUCAGUAUGGUUUGAUUUACCCAACAACACUUAAUUCAGUAUGGUUUGAUUUACCCAACAACACUUAAUUCAGUAUGGUUUGAUUUACCCAACAACACUUAAUUCAGUAUGGUUUGAUUUACCCAACAACACUUAAUUCAGUAUGGUUUGAUUUACCCAACAACACUUAAUUCAGUAUGGUUUGAUUUACCCAACAACACUUAAUCCAGUAUGGUUUGAUUUACCCAACAACACUUAAUUCAGUAUGGUUUGAUUUACCCAACAACACUUAAUUCAGUAUGGUUUGAUUUACCCAACAACACUUAAUCCAGUAUGGUUUGAUUUACCCAACAACAUUUAAUUCAGUAUGGUUUGAUUUACCCAACAACACUUAAUUCAGUAUAGUUUGAUAUACCCAACAACACUUAAUUCAGUAUGGUUUGAUUUACCCAACAACACUUUUUCAAUAUUUUUAUUUUUUAAUUUGAACCUUUAUUUAACUAGGCAAGACAGUUAAGAACAAAUUAUUAUUUACCAUGACGGCCUACACUGGCCAAACCCAGACGACACUGGGCCAAAUGUGCACCGCCCUAUGGGACUCCCAAUCACAGCCUGGAAUCAAACCAGGGUGUCUGUAGUGACGCCUCUUGCACUGAGAUGCAGUGCCUUAGACCACUGCGACACUCAGGAGCCAAAAUCCAGUAUGGUUUGAUUUACCCAACAACACUUAAUCCAGUAUGGUUUGAUUUACCCAACAACACUUAAUCCAGUAUGGUUUGAUUUACCCAACAACACUUAAUCUAGUAUGGUUUGAUUUACCCAACAACACUUAAUCCAGUAUGGUUUGAUUUACCCAACAACAUUUAAUCCAGUAUGGUUUGAUUUACCCAACAACACUUAAUCCAGUAUGGUUUGAUUUACCCAACAACACUUAAUCCAGUAUGGUUUGAUUUACCCAACAACACUUAAUCCAGUAUGGUUUGAUUUACCCAACAACACUUAAUCCAGUAUGGUUUGAUUUACCCAACAACACUUAAUCCAGUAUGGUUUGAUUUAGCUUUAAUAUCUAUGCUUUGUUUUUAUCUUUUCUUUUUUUCUCAACAUGGGUGCCAUUGUCUUUCAUUUACAUACUGUAUUCAUAUAUGCACAAUAAGAAGUGUGUGUAUCACAUA